CUCUAGCCCCGCCUCCCGGCGCUUGGAGCCGGAGUCCGCGGAAGAUGGCGGCGCCGCUCGUCCCCGUCUCUCAGCAGGUCCCCGGCGGGAAUCCAGUGUAUGACUCUUACUACAAGCAGGUGGACCCAGCCUACACAGGCAGAGUCGGGGCGAGCGAGGCAGCACUGUUCUUGAAGAAGUCGGGACUGCCAGACACCACCCUUGGGAAGAUAUGGGACCUGGCCGACCCAGAAGGUAAAGGGUUCCUGGACAAACAGGGCUUCUAUGUGGCACUGAGACUGGUAGCCUGUGCCCAGAGCGGCCAUGAGGUCACACUGAGCAACUUGAACCUGACCACACCACCACCCAAAUUCCACGACACCAGCAGCCCCCUGAUGGUCCCACCGCCUUCCACAGAGGCCCCCUGGGCAGUGCGGGUGGAAGAAAAGGCAAAAUUUGAUGGCAUUUUUGAAAGCCUGCUGCCUGUCAAGGGCCUGCUCUCUGGAGACAAGGUCAAGCCAGUCCUCAUGAACUCGAAGCUACCUCUCGAUGUCCUGGGCAGGGUCUGGGACCUCAGUGACAUUGACAAAGAUGGACACCUGGACCGAGAUGAGUUCGCUGUGGCCAUGCAUUUGGUGUACCGGGCCCUGGAAAAGGAGCCCGUGCCAUCUGUGCUGCCUCCGGCGCUCAUCCCACUGUCUAAGCGCAAGAAGCCCAUGUUCCCCGGAGCUGUGCCGGUGCUGCCUGGCAGCCCACCACCCAAGGACAGCCUGCGCUCCACCCCCUCACACGGCAGCGUCAGCAGUCUCAACAGCACGGGUAGCCUGUCCCCCAAGCACAGUCUCAAGCAGGCACAGCCUGCGGUGGCCUGGGUGGUGCCAGUGGCCGACAAGAUGCGCUUUGAUGAGAUCUUCCUGAAAACCGACCUGGACCUGGAUGGCUAUGUGAGUGGUCAGGAGGUGAAGGAGAUCUUCAUGCACUCCGGCCUCACGCAGAGCCUGCUGGCCCACAUCUGGGCGCUGGCCGACACAAGGCAGAUGGGGAAGCUAAGCAAGGACCAGUUCGCACUCGCUAUGCACCUCAUCCAGCAGAAGGUCAGUAAGGGCAUCGACCCUCCGCAGGUGCUCUCACCGGACAUGGUCCCCCCCUCGGAGCGCGGCACCCCGGUCCUGGACAGCACAAGCUCCCUGGGGCCCGGGGAGUUCACCGGGGUGAAGGAGCUGGACGAUAUCAGCCAAGAGAUCGCCCAGCUGCAGAGAGAGAAGUACUCCCUGGAGCAGGACAUCCGAGAGAAGGAGGAAGCCAUACGACAGAAGACCAGUGAGGUGCAGGAACUUCAGAACGACCUAGACCGAGAGACGAGCAGUCUGCAAGAGCUCGAGGCCCAGAAGCAGGGUGCCCAGGACCGGCUGGACGAGAUGGGCCAGCAGAAGGCCAAGCUCCGGGACAUGUUGAGUGACGUGCGGCAGAAGUGCCAGGAUGAGACGCAGACGAUUUCCUCACUGAAGACCCAGAUCCAGUCUCAGGAGUCCGACCUGAGGUCGCAGGAGGAUGACCUAAGCCGUGCCAAAUCGGAGCUGAGCCGGCUGCAACAGGAGGAGGCGCAGCUGGAGCAGAGCAUCCAGGCCGGGCGCGUGCAGCUGGAGACCAUCAUCAAGUCCCUCAAGUCCACGCAGGAUGAGAUCAGCCAGGCACGGAGCAAGCUGUCCCAGCUGCACGAGAGCCGGCUGGAUGCGCAGCGAAGCCUCGAGCAGUAUGAGCAGGCACUAGACAGCGCGGGCCUGGCUGAGCUGGCUGCCCUCAGCGAAGGUGUCGCCCUAGCAGAGAGGGGUGGCUUCGGAGCCAUGGACGACCCUUUCAAAAAUAAAGCCUUGUUAUUUAGCAACGAUGCCCAGGCCCUGCAUCCGGACCCCUUCCAGGCGGAGGACCCUUUCAAGGCUGACCCCUUCAAAGGCGCUGACCCCUUCAAAGGUGACCCGUUCCAGAGUGACCCCUUCGCGGAGCAGCAGGCAGCAGCUGUAGAUCCGUUUGGAGGAGACCCUUUCAAAGAAAGCGACCUGUUCCGAGGCUCUGCCCCUGAGGACUUCUUCAAGAAACAGACAAAGAGUGACCCGUUUACCUCAGACCCCUUCACAAAGACCUCAUCUCUCCCUUCCAAGCUCGACCCUUUCGAGUCCAGUGACCCCUUCUCCAGCGUCUCUUCCAAAGGACCAGACCCCUUCGGGACCCUGGACCCCUUCGGGAGCUGGGCCUUCAGCGGUACUGAGGGCUUUGCUGACUUCAGCCAGAUGUCCAAGGGAGCCCAGGCGUGCAGGCCCCUCCCAUGAGGUACGGAUGCCCUCGGCCGGUGCUGCCCUCAGCCGCUGCUGCCCUCCGCCAUGGGUCUGGCCAGCAGGGGCGCAGGCAUGGAUGCCGCACCGUGUGUGUAGGGCUCGGCGGGGAGACGUCCGUCCAGUGUGCACGGCUCAUGCUCUCCAGGAGGUAGCUGGGCCCUUGGUGGGGCCUGGGCGUGGGGCAGCUGUGGCUGUGGUCCCUGACCCGCCUUCCCAGCCUGGCUUGGCCAGGACCUCUGAACAGAGAUGUCCCUGCUCCAGCCACAACGCCACCCUGCAAGGAAGGGCCUCUUCCGCCUUGCCCUCGCAGGCCAUGCUGGGAUGGGGGGCCUCAGGAGGACCCGAUGCUGGAUGUGUCUGAGCUGGGCCUGCAGGGGCAACACACAGGCAGCCUACCCGGCUGCCCAGAAGCCUCCUCCUGCCCGCCAGCUGUGCUGUCCCGCCGUCCCAUACAGGUGCGGUGACCGGGAGCUGCUUGCCUGCUCCCUGCUCCCUUGCAUCCAGGGCGACUGGGGGAGGCUGGCGUCCCAGGACACUGUGCGGCUGUGCUCGGCCGGCCCCUGGGUCCCAUGGGCCACACGCUGAUUUUCAAGAACAACACUGGGGUAUAAAUAAAUGUGGAGGAAAUGAAAGUGCGCUCGGCGGGUGUUUGCUUUCUGAGCUUUCUUCUGCUUCAGGCUCACCCACGUCUCCACCUGAGAGGGUGCGGUGCCCGGCGCACCCCUGGCUUCCCCUGCCUUCCCCUGCAGCCUGGAGCCCUGCUCGCUGCUGCCCCACCCAGGCGCCCGCCCGAGAUGUUGCGAGAUAGUGCUGACCUCAACCGCACAGCCUGCUUUCAAAACACGUCCCCAAACAUGUUUUUAGAGCGCAUCGAGAACAAAAAUAAGAUUCUAACUUACAUCUUUUACUCUCUUCUCCCUACCCACACCUAAAAAAAGCCGUCAUUGAAAUGCUCAAUGCCUGUCCACCUGCUCUCCUUGCCUGCCAGCCAUUGGCACACUAGUGCUGGGUCGCUGACCUGCCCUGCACCCUGCACAGCAAGCCCCAGCCUGGGCCUGGCCCCUGCAGAGCUGCACCACAAUGCGUCAGAACGGCCUGCUCUGUCCUUUCCUCCCGAGCACCACACUCUGGCCACGAAACCCUCCUAAAACAGCACUUCUCCUCAAAGCAGCCGCAAGGGCAGUACUGUGGGCAUGGCAGGCAACAGGCCCUGACACUGGAGCGCGGCAACUCAGGGAAGGCGCGGGGCUCAUGCAGCCUCUGCCUGGCUCAGACAGCAUUGGCACCAGUGUGUCACCAGCCAUUCCCAUUUAUGGGCCCCGGCUCGGUGCACCCUUAGUGGCCCAGGUCCUGCCACUUGAUCUGAGAAAAAGAAGGAGCCUACCAGCCAGGCCAACAUGGUGCCAGCACCGGAGGAGGGCUGCGUGCUGGGGUCUCAGUCCCUCACUGGUGCCCUGUCCUCUCCCUUUUUCUCCAGCAUAGAGACCUUGCUGGUCCCCUCCCCUGGGCAGGUGUGCAUGAGGAGUCCUGAGACUUGUGGGGAGUGGACAGAACCUGGUUAAGCCAUGUGCCUGGCAUCUCCCAUACCUAUCCAUGCCACCGUGGCCAGGACCCUGGGACGAACCCCGCAUGGCCUCUGCAGAUGUGGCUCAGCUGUGGUGUGUCUUGUAAAUCGGGCACAGGAGGAGGUGGGCAAGGGUAACUGAUCACAAGCAGAAGGGCUCUCUGCGUGCGCAGAGUUGUUUAAAAAUUACAGAUCAUUUAUCUCUG